AACGUCAUGACCGAGGGCACAGCCACGCGUGACGUUGGUCGACUCGAGGAGCUCUACCGACGUCACUCGACCGAAGGCAUCUAUCGGCGCGACGGGUAUUUUCUCAAGCAAAUGCCGACUCUGUGGCGGGGCGCCGCCAUCGCGACGCUCCCCCCACGCCUGCUUGUCCCGUUGGCCAGGACCUAGUGCAUUCAUAGCCUGCAACGACGUCGUUGGCGCGGUGACGCUGGCGAUGCAGGCCAUCACGGCCACGUCCGAGUGGGACCCGCUCUAUCAAGUUCAGCUUUUCAACGCGGCGCUGGUGCUCUACAUGGCCCACGAACACAGCAGUGCACUCCAGUGUCUUCAAACGCUCGUCGAGACGCCACCGCUCCCUCUCUGUCGACCCUACCUCCAUGCGCUGAUGGCACUAUGCCAUGCUCACAUGGGCGACACGACCAUGACCAAAAGGAUGCUCGCCGCAAUCGAGCGAUGCGGGACGACACUGCCGCUUAGUGACGCUGGGUUUUGGGUCCCGUUGGCCACCGAGCUGUCGACGCGGGGCUGCCACGACUGGAGCGCGCAAUUGCUUUUGCACGUCCUCGGCCCGCCUUUGGACCCGCUGCCGGACCAUUAUCUACCGACAUGUACAACGUCGCUGGCACCUCCUGCGAUGCUUUUGCUUCUCCACACGCUCGUCGCAUCGCCAGAGCCCGAUACCUCGCUCGUGCGACGCGUUAUCGCUGCGGCGUUGACUUCCAUGAGCCAGUACGACGCUUCCGUUCGCGAGUUCAUCCGACGCAUGAGCCCCGAGCAAUACCCGGCAAUGGACUUUCGGCGCCACGAGCGCACGGCGAUCAAACUCCAGCGGUGGUACCAUCGCUGCUGCAAGACUACGCCACGGGGCUGGCUCCUCUUGGUCGUGCAUGCUUUCCGCACGUACGAGCGCGUCGGGGGCUUGCGCGUGCCACGACCCCGUCGCGUUCCAUCGGUUGAACACGUUGACACGACGGACGAUCGUGUGGCGUGGAUCCUCGAGCGGGCCAAAACCAUCGCUGCGAGGUCCCCAGAGCGACCAUCCGUCGAUGUCAAGCCAGCAUGGUACUGCGACGUCGAACGAGCGGUGGCUCUGUACGAAAUGUCGCGGGAUCGGUAUUUUACGCACUUUCACGUCGGGCUCCAAGAGCUGCUCGAGAAGGCGAUCAGCGGGCUCGAACUCCAGUGGCGCGGGUCCACGACCACGUCUCGCUUUGCGAUGCGCAUUCUGCGCCAGCUCCGCGCCGCCGACGUCGACACGCUCGGCGCGGACCUCAUGACGCUGCUGGAGCUCGCGACGAACGAAGAGGCACGUCGGAACGUGGCCUUUCGAAAGCUCGUUGCACCGAAGCAAUUCUAG